GGCAGGAGCUGUGCAUGGCUUCUCCACUUACCAGGAGUAAGAAUUACACAUGACAUGAAGACCAACUCUUAACAAAACAGCACCAGAGACUUGAAAACCAUUUUGGAACUUAUCUGAUAUUUUUGUACUGUUUUUUUUUUUUCUACAUUUUUGUUUUCCUUUUUUUUUUUCUCCCCCCCCCCCCUGUCUUUUUCUAAACUGUGGAGUCAGAUCUACCUAAUACUGACUUCUCCUGGAGAGACUCCCUUCUAACCCCCCCUCUCUCUCCAUUUAUCGACUGGGAAGCUAUGGACAUCAGCGAGAAGAAGAAAGGGCACGUUUAGUCCCCACCAAGUAGACACCCUGUUGCAGUGACUUUAUUGAGUGUUCUUUCAGAGAUACAUUUUAGAAUCUUCAUUUUUUUUUUUUAAAUACACAUUUCUUGGUGGGGUGGGGAGGUCACUGCAGAAGUGGUGGAGUCAGCUGGAUGAAGUGGUGUCACUGCAGCAGGACAGUUUGGGGAGAGUUUGAGGGACAUUAUCCAAAACCCCAGCCUCGGGAUUGAUUAUCUCUGCGUGGAACAAAUGGAGGUCCUCAGCUGCUCAUAGAGGCUGGAUCUAAGUGCUAUUUUGUGGUUUUUACUUAUUUUGUAAUUUUUUUUUUUUUUAUUUGACCCCAUUUCCUGGAUUUUGUUCUCUUUUGGAAGUUCUUCUACCAUGGAGACUGUGAGCCGGAGCAGCUUUCAGCCUCAUCCAGGUUUGCAGAAGACUCUGGAGCAGUUCCACCUGAGCUCCAUGAGCUCCUUAGGGGGUCCAGCCGCCUUCUCAGCACGCUGGGCACAGGACAUGUACAAGAAGGACAGUGGCAAGGAACCGGAGCCCAUCCUCCACUUGCCCGUUCAGCCUCCCCCAGUCAUCCCUGGGGGCCCCUUAUUCAUCCCAUCCGAUAGGUCUACAGAGAGGUGUGAGACCAUCCUGGAUGGGGAGACCAUCUCGUGCUUUGUAGUCGGUGGGGAGAAGAGGCUGUGCCUCCCCCAGAUCCUGAACUCUGUCCUGCGCGAAUUUACCCUCCAACAGAUCAAUGCGGUGUGCGAUGAGCUACAUGUCUACUGUUCCCGAUGCACUGCUGACCAGCUGGAGAUCCUCAAAGUCAUGGGCAUCCUGCCCUUUUCUGCCCCCUCCUGUGGCCUCAUUACCAAGACAGAUGCCGAGCGUCUGUGCAAUGCCCUGCUCUAUGGGGGCACCUACCCACCAAGGUGCAAGAAGGACAUGCAGGUUUCCCUGGAGCUGGAGUUGACAGAGAAGAGCUUUAGGGUCUAUCAUGAAUGUUUCGGCAAGUGUAAAGGCCUGUUCAUUCCUGAACUCUACAACGACAUCAAUGCCCCCUGCAUCCAGUGCCUGGACUGCCGCCUUCUUUACCCACCUAACAAGUUUGUGGUGCACUCACACAAGGCUCUUGAGAACAGGACAUGCCACUGGGGUUUCGACUCUGACAACUGGAGGGCGUACAUCCUCCUGGCUCAGGAUUAUAGCAGCAACGAGGAGGAGCAGGCCAGGAUGGCACGACUCCUGGAGGACAUGAAGGAGAAGUUUGACUUCAGCAAAAAGUACAAGAGGAAAAUUGCAAGGGUGUCUGCAGAACCAGCCUCUAAAAAGUUCAAGAUUGAUGACUCAAUCAUUCACUCCCCUAACUCCGUUGAGAAAGACAAGCCAUCCAAUUGGUUACGGAACUUGUCCAACUCUAACAAGAAUUCUGGAUAUGCCCAUAAUCGCCAACGUCUUUCUGCUUUCCGGCCCUGGUCUCCAGCCAUUUCAGCAAGUGAGAAAGAGCUCUCGGCCCACCUGCCUGUCCUUAUCCGAGAUGGCUUCUACAAUUACAAAAGCUUUGAGAACCUGGUGGCUCCCAAUGUUGCCCUGGCCCCCCCUGCCCAACAGAAAGUGAUCACAAGCCCACCAUGUGCUCCAGCUGUGCCAAGAAGUGCACAGAUAUCCAGCAGUCCAGCUCAAUCCAGGAAACGGAGGCCGACAUCAGAAUUAACGCCAGUACCAGAGGCACCAGCCCCACCUGCCCCAGUCAGGGAAGAAGAGAAGGAGUCUGAAACUGAGAUCGAAGUGGAAAGCAGAGAAGACUGUAAGUUUACCUCCUCGCUGUCCUCGCUCUCAUCUCCUUCCUUCACAUCAUCCAGUUCAGCAAAGGAGUUGAGCUCCCCAGGAAUGCUAGCGCCACCUGUGGUGAACCCUUCCUAUGACGUGGUACCUCACACUGACCCACACAGCAGCGGUUUGGAGGCGGAGUUAGAGCACUUAAGGCAAGCCCUGGACAGUGGCCUGGAUUCUAAGGAAGCCAAAGAAAAGUUUCUUCAUGAAGUAGUUAAGAUGAGAGUAAAACAAGAAGAAAAACUAAAUGCUGCUUUGCAGGCCAAGCGAAGCCUUCAGCAGGAGCUGGAGUUCCUUCGUGUUGCCAAGAAAGAAAAGUUGAGAGAAGCGACUGAGGCCAAGCGCAAUUUAAGGAAAGAAAUUGAACGCCUGAGAGCGGAGAAUGAAAAGAAAAUGAAAGAGGCUAAUGAAUCGCGGUUACGUUUAAAGAGAGAGUUGGAGCAAGCCAGACAGAUUAGAGUAUGCGACAAAGGCUGCGAAGCAGGAAGGAUACGGGUCAAAUACUCAGCGCAGAUUGAAGAUCUUCAGUCUAAACUUCAGCUUGCGGAAAACGACAGAGAGCAAUUGCGGACAGACCUUGUACAUGAACGAGAAGCAAGGGAACAUUUGGAAAAAGUUGUGAAGGACCUCCAGGAGCAACUUUGGACCAAACCCAGCAACCUAUCCAGCAAUGAACACACACAGAAAGACAUUGAAAACUAAAAACAUAAGAAAACAAAAAAAUACCUUAUCUACUCAUAUACAGAAUUCUACGUAUAUGCACAGGACGAAGAGGAGGAGAAUGAGCGAAGUAUACAUGAAGCGAUGCAUGUGUGAGUGUGUGGUGUGUGUGUCCUGGGCACGCACAAAUAAAUUUGAACUUUACUAGUUGGAGAGAAAAUGUUACUCUAUACAACAGAAGCACUGAGCUAUGCCUCUUUUGAACCCACACAGCACAACAUCUACUGUGCCUCAUACAGAGUGUUUAUAAUCAAGAGUCCCUUUGGCUCUCUAGUGAAAUUCUUUUUUUUUUUUUUUUUUUUUCUACAAUUUAACUACACACGAGAACUACAGCAUUCAACAAAGUCGAUCUUAAACAAGCGGGCAUGAGCAGUACUUUUACACCAUUGUUAUUGCGUGCUUGGAACACUUUGAGAUUUACAUUUUCUUAUAAGCUAUUUAAUAUGAAAUACAAAAAAAUAUAUAUAUUCAAAUGAUGAGGACAUUUUAAAGACUUGAUAUUGAAUACAGACAAACAAAAACAAAAUAAUGAAAACAAAAAAAAAUAAAACCUAUCACACAAGAAUUUCUUUUUUUUUUUUUUUUUGUAUAAUGGACCUGAAAAUCUUGAUGCACAAUUUUAACUGACUUGUUACAGGCUUUUGGAGUUUCUUAAAGAAACGCUUCUUACUCCUUCUCACCCCCAAGUCUCAAUGCCAUUCAUGUCGACUGUGCAAUGUAUUUGUGUCAAGCCAUCAUUGUCAAGCCCUAUCAAACAUAGACUCUCCUGCAGCAAAUGGCUUCAGCAUCGGAUCUCUUCGUCUGGAAA